CAUGGCACUUCACUGAAGAAGAGGCAAGUCCGUGCGUAAAAACUUAAAAGUUUACCAAGCAGCUGCGCAACACCAGAGGAACCUGGGCAACAGAUUCCCUCGAGUGAAAACACGAAAAAACAAAAACAGCAACGGAGAGAGCCGCAGGAAAAUUGAUUGUAUGGCACCUCAGUCGUGCGUAAUGAAUCCUGCGCAGGGAUCGCCGCCCUCGGCUGCUCCAGGGGAGACCCAACCAGAGGACCGAGCCGCUGGUGGCAUGGGAACUGACGAGCUGGACCUGUCAUCUGUCAGAAGGUGUAAAACCAAAAGUUUAGAUCUGCCUUUCAGUGUGGAGUCCCUCAUAUCAGACAGGACGCCGGACAGAAGCCUCCACUCCCCGGGGCCUGGCUCAGGAUGCGUCCGGGGAGAGGAGACCGAGUGUGCGUCACCGAGAGGACUUUAUCGGUCCAAAACCGAGGCGGUGGACUUUAGCGACAAGGAGACGAGCUCUUGGAUUCAGACUCCUUACGCAUCCCCAUCAAGACUCCCCAGCCCGCCCCCGUGCAAUCUACGGAAACACAAGAACAACAGGAAACCCAGAACUCCCUUUACAACCUCUCAGCUGCUUUCUCUGGAGAGGAAGUUCCGUCAGAAACAGUACCUCUCCAUCGCGGAGAGAGCGGAGUUCUCCAACUCCCUCAGCCUCACAGAGACCCAGGUCAAGAUCUGGUUUCAGAACCGCAGGGCCAAGGCCAAGAGACUGCAGGAGGCCGAGCUGGAGAAGCUCAAGCUGGCCGCAAAGCCGCUGCUGCCGGCCUUCGCCUUCCCCUUCCCCAUGAGCGCACCCAUGGGCGCCCCAUCCCUCUACGGGGCCCUGAACGGACCACGGCCUGCCUUACCUGUUCCAGGACUAUUCAGUGGACCAUAUGGGAUGUACUACUUGUCUUAACCCUCACUAACUUUGAACUGCAUCGUUGGGACAGCUGCCUUAAUAAAAGCCUUCAUACAGCAAAUAACACUGCAAAAAAUGUCCAUCUUAAAUCUGCCUGAUAUCUAAUAUUAAAAUAAUUUAAAAUAUAUUUUACAAUAGUGAAAAAAAUCUAAUUGUGUGAGAAGAAUAAUUUUUACACAAAUAUGCAAUCUGUCUUAAUUUUAAGAAACACCUGGAACAAGUGAAAUACUUUCACUCGAUAGUAAUGUUUCACAAUUUUUAAUUAACUUUAUGUUAAUUUAAAAUUAUGAAUUAUUUACAUUACGGUAAUUUAUUUGAUAACAUGGUAUUUUUUGCAGUGUAUUCAGUAAACUCUUUUAUUUUUAUUGACGGGCUCAUUUUUCGGAUUACAUUUUCAGAUAUCAUAUGUAUUGUAAGAUUUUCUAUUCCAAUAGAGCUAUUCCGUAAUUACUCAUUUUAACGUCGCAAGAGAAUUUGGUUAGUUAUUCAAAAGGCCUGUAGUUCUGAGUUUAAAGCAAUAACUCGUGAUGACUCCAGGUGUCCAUGUGAAUGGUUUAUGUUCAUACCAGAGGCCUUUAAAACUGUCUUACCUUAAAAAAGGAUACAGAUUUAUAUUUCAUCAGCAUCAUUCAUCAUCCAUUCAAAAACACGCUUAUAGCUGAGGGAUUU